UAAAUUACCGGGAAUUCAUUCUUUCUUGCCUACCCAAAGUUGACUUUGAGUGGCUAAAAAAGAAAGAGUUUGUUUCUUGAACAAAGUGACUACUGCAGUUUUACCUUGGUUGUUUGCAACAAUUUUUCCCUCAUAGAAAAGUACCACUAUUUAUUGUACAUACGUGGCAUAUAGAUACUAAGAGGGAACUGUAGUUUCAGCCUUGUAAAGCUGUUGGGCCAUCAUUUUUUCAUUUCUGUUUAUCAUAUGUGAGGUAUUCCCACAUACAUAGAGCAACAGCCUUGACGGUAAUGUUGCUGAGUGUCCCGUUUUUCUCGAGCUCUAUUUACAUGUAUGGAUGACAAUCCUUCCACCGUGAUAGGAUGAAUCCUAUUGACACAACCAACAAGAGGAGCGCCACGUUGGCUUUUCCGGGGAGUCAUGCUUGUUUUGUGGCAGCGGCACAAUGACACCCAGAGAGGAGAGAAGACUCCUGCGGGAUCUCUGCUGACAGCGGGCUUGGUUUCUAUAACAAGCAUGGUAUAUAAGCAUUGUGCUCCGCCAACAAACUACCACCAAUUGACACCACCAACAUGGGGAAGAUCAUCUUCUACGAGGACAAGAACUUCAGAGGCCCCCACUACGAGUGCACUGGCGACUGCACCGACCUGCAGGCCAUGCUCGAGCGCUGCCGCUCAAUCCGCGUGGAAAGUGGCAUGUUCAUGCUCUACGACCGUCCUGGCUACAUGGGCAACCAGUGUUUCCUGAACAGAGGCGACAACCCUGACUAUAUGGGAACGACAUGUAUGAACGACAGCGUGCGCUCGUGUCGCCUCAUCCCUAUGCAUCACGGCGCCUUCAGGAUAAAGCUGUAUGAGAACUUUGACAUGGCGGGCCAGAUGAUGGAGUUGACCGACGACUGCCCCAACCUCCCAGAACGCUUCCGGGUAUCUAACUUUAACUCGUGCAACGUCGCUGACGGCCACUGGCUAAUGUACGAGCAGCCCAACUACAAGGGCCGCCACUACUACCUGCGGCCCGGCUCCUACCGUAAUUUCACCGAAUGGAACGGUUCCACUUCCCGUAUGGGCUCCGUCAAGCGUCUCUUGGACCUAUAAGAAGAACACAAAGAUUCUCGUCAAGUGUCUGCUCUUUGCACUUUCUCACACGCUGAAUAAAAUGGCAUCAGUGCUUAAACAUGUG